AUGUUGACCCCUUCUACCUCGUCGCUUGUGCUGCUCCUGCCAGCUAGCUCUGGCGACCGCUCGUGUGCUCUUGACAACAGCACUGCAUGUGCUCCAGUCCAUUUGAUCAUCGCUCGUGGAACCACUGAGGGCUACCCCGGGACUCUCGAGAGCUUGAUCGGGUUGAUUAUGGAUGCCAAUCCAGGAACUGAUUACGAAAGUGUUAUCUAUCCUGCUACGGACGAGACUUCCACAAACAGCUAUGCUGAAGGGCUUGUGGCUGCUAAGGACCAGUUUACUGCUUAUGCAGAGUCAUGUGAAGAUUCGAAAAUUAUCUUCCUAGCCUACUCUCAAAUGCGUUGUCUUUCCAUGAGAUGUCGCAUCUAG